AAUUAAAUUAAACGACGAAAAAUUGUGUCACGUAUAAUUAGUUUAAUGUAACGCAUUCUUAAAACAUGGCAGAAUCAAUUGGACCGAUACUUCAUGUGAUUGUCGUCGGAUUUCAUCACAAAAAAGGAUGUCAAGUAGAGUACUCGUUUCCUCCUUUGGUACCUGGAGCUCCAAACGAAUGUCCAUUAGGAUGGAAAUAUUUACCAACUCUUGCUCUGCCAGAUGGAUCCCAUAAUUAUGAUGAAGAUACAGUUUAUUUUCAUUUGCCCAGUCUGAAUAAUCCAAAAUGUACGAUAUAUGGCAUUUCAUGCUUUAGACAAAUUCCUGUUGAGAAAUUAAAAAAUCGUACAUCCGACAUAACAAGAGGUACGGUUCAAAAGUCUGUUUGUGUUUUAAGUACCUUACCAUUAUAUGGUCAUAUUCAAGUAAAAAUGGCUUUGAUAACGCAUGCAUACUUUGAAGAAGGUGACUUUAGUAAAGUGUCAUUAUUAGAAGAUACUUAUCAUCAUCUCAAUUCUUGUAUGAGUUGUGAGAGUCAAAUACCACCGCAAAUAUUUGUUGGAUUGUCUGCAAGAGAUUUCAUAUUACAAUUUCGUCACAAAGUUCUUUUAUUGUUUAAACUACUUUUGUUAGAAAAAAGAAUAGUUUUUUAUCAAUCACCUGUUCAACCAUUAUGCGCUGCAAUAUUAACAUUACUUUCAUUGUAUCCUGGUAUGAUAGAACAUGGUUUGCAACAAGCUGCUUGUGUUAGACCUAUGUCUCCUAUUCCUACAUUUGAUGAAGAAGAGAUAUCGGUAAAUACUAUCGAUAAUAAUUUAUCUUCUACAAAUUGUAUCAAAGAUGGUAUAUCUGAUAGAGUAACGGUACAUAUUAAUGGUAAUUCUGAUAGAAAUUCAUUAUGUAUAAAUGAUAAUAAAGCUAUUGAAACUAUGGAAGGUAAAUGCAUGGAUGAAUUAAAAAAUGUAACAGUACAAAAGAAUAAUAAUGAAAAUGAAAAUUUAAAUAUGAAAGUCAUUGAAGUUAAUUCAGCACAAGAAUGUACCAAUGUGGAAGAAAAUAAUCCUGUAUAUUCUUCAAAAUCGAAUGAUAAUAUGCAUAGAGUGCAAAGUAUACAUACGAUUACAUUAAGUACAACAGAUACUGAUAAUACAUUACCACGUGAUACAAGUAACGACGCACUUUCUGAUGCACGUUUAACAAAUAAUAUUACCCAAAUUGCACAUAUAAAUCCUGAAUUAUGUGGUUUACCUUUAAAUAUAUUUACAAAGGGAUAUUUAUGUUUACCAUACUUAUCUUUACCAUAUCUGGAUCUUUUGGCAGAUAUUAAUGUUAGAGGAUACAUAGUAGGUGCAACGAAUGUUUUAUUUAAACAGAAAAAACAACUUAUUGAUGUAUUAAUAGAGGUUGAAAAUACGCGAAUAGAAACAAGUGACCCAGAAUUAAGAAGACAAUUGCAUCUUACAACUGAAGAUCUAAGAUUUGCUGAUUAUAUAGUAAGGCAUGUCUCGGAGCCACGCAAAGAUAUUUUUUUGGAUGGUGUAGGAUGGGAAGGUGGAGAUGAAUGGAUUAGAACUCAAUUUCGGGUUUACUUAUUGAGCAUGUUAAGAACAUCGAUGCAACAAGAUAGUAGGCAAUCUGAUCAUUAUAAUUCUGCAUUUAUAGCUGCUUGGCGUUUAACGAAUAAUUAUAAGAUAUGGAAUAGUUCUAAUAAACCAGAAAUUAGUAAUAUAGAACCAGGUCAUCCAUUUGCUGGACAACUAUCUGUUCAAGAUAUGAAAUUACGAUUAUCGCAUACAAUGCAAAACACAGAAAGUGGUAGAAAAUUGAAUCAAGCAAUGGCAUCGACUGGACGAGCGGUUGCGACAACUGGAAAAGCAGUUGGUGGUGCAUUAUCACAAGCUAAAGGAGCUUUUUCUAAUUGGUGGAGUACAUUAACAACAGUUCAACCUGUAGAGGAAGGAAAGGCCACGGACAAUCAAACUUCGACUAUACAUCAAACGCUUUCAAAUAUGGUUAACAAAACCGCUGUGGAAGAUGACGAAAUUAAUAUGACUACUAACAAUACAGGUUUAGAGGAAUGAUUGCGAAUUAAUACAAAGACUUACAUCAAUUCCAAUUAUUUUUUAGAAUAACUAUAAAACUAAAUUUUUUUUUAAAUCUAAGGGGAAAAAAUCCCGAAGUGAUUAGUACCAAUUUUGAUGAAAUUUUAAUAUAUAAUAAUUCACAAA